AUGAAGAGAUCAGACCAUUUUAUAUCUGGGAGUACCAAUAGCUCAAUGAUAAUAUGGGCAAGAAAUGAAAAUGGUUUAUGGAUUUACCAAUAGAAAUUGAAUGGACAUACAAGUAGUAUAGUAUGUUUGUUAUUAAAUAAUAAUGAAGAUAUUAUUAUAUCUGUUAGUAAUGAUUAUAAGAUUAAAUUCUAGUAGAAAUAAAAUGAAUAGUUGUGCUUUUUAAUUACAGAUCAUACAAGUACUGUAUUAAGAUUAAGUUUCAAUGAAUAAUAAAAUAAAUAUUUUUUGAACAAUCAGAAUUGAAUAAAUAAUGGAUUGUAAUAUAAAAAAUUACAGUAGAACAAUUAGGAUAUAGAUUAUUCUUUAUUGAUAAUAAUACAUUCACAUUCUAUCCUUAUGGAAAAGAUUACAUAGAAGUUUUUGAGAUGAAUAAUAGUAAUAAAUAGUAUACCAAGACAAAAGAUAUUCCUGUAAAAGGUGGUAGUGAUUAUUUUUUAUUUCCUUAAUAAUAUAAAAAAUCAAAAUGUAUGCUUGUGAAUAAGAAUGGUUCAAAUAUUAGUUUAAUAAGGAAGAAACAAAAUGGAAAGUUUAUGAUUGAGGAAUCUAUUGAAUUUGGAACUCGUAGUAUUUUUGGAUAUAUGACUGAUGAUGGACAGUAUUUGAUUACUUGGGAUGAAAAUUCAAAAGAAAUUCAAAUCAGAAAAUAUCAGGAGAAAUGA